GCAAGACUAGAAUGAUCUUGCCUUGAAGGCUUGACGUGGAACAGCUGCCUUCUGUAAGAAAAGAAAGACGUUUGGAAGAUUUUUGUCGAUAUUUCUUCUUUUCUUUACAUCAGAGUAGUAGCUCUAAUAUAAGCAGAUACCAAGUGAACUAGACUUUGAAUAAGAUUACAGGGGAAAUGGCAGAAACUACUGGAUUGAUAGUUGAUGUUGAUAAGGAUGAUGAUCAGACUGAUUUGAAUUUUCAAGACUUUGGAGAUGCCUCUCUUCUUCAAGACUUGAAUGAUACUCCAACCAAACCUGCUCAAGUUCAUACUGCCUUCCAUGAUGAUGAUCCCCUCGAUGAUGAUGAGGGUGAUACUGAGCUGUUAUCUGGACAGAAGAAGCAGCCGUCACUGUGGACCUUUGAGUACUAUCAGCAGUUCUUUGACGUGGAUACCUCCCAGGUGGGCCGUCGUCUCCUCGGCUCCUUCAUCCCAAACCCUACCAAGAGCUUCCUAGAUUCCCACAUCAGACCUUCCCCUGAUCUCUAUGGUCCGAUAUGGGUAUGUAUUACCCUUGUUUUCACCAUAGCUAUUAGUGGGGACAUGGCCGAUUACAUUGCUAAUAUGCAUUCAUCAACCUACAUAUGGCAUGCACACUUCUCAAAUGUUACAAUAGCAGCAGUAGUCAUCUUUGCCUAUGCCUGGAUUAUCCCGUCUUGCCUGUAUGGAUUCUUACACCACAGAGGAAACCUAGGUGGCUAUACUUUCUUGGAAUUAGUCUGUCUCUACGGUUAUUCGCUCACUAUUUACAUUCCUAUUUCGUUGCUGUGGAUGAUUGAUGUAGACUGGCUGAGAUGGGUCUUGGUCCUCAUUGGUCUGGUUCUCUCUAGUGCGGUCCUAAUUCUGGCCCUGUGGCCUUCGGUCAAGAGCGAUGAUAAGAAGUUUGCUGCCAUCGCUCUCUUCCUUGUAUUUGCUUUUCACGCUGGUCUCGCUAUUGGUUUCAAGAUGUAUUUUUUCCAUGUUGGACACACCGUAGAUCCCACGGCGCCCCCAGUCACAACCAAGGCAACGGUUCACAACCUAACAACAGGACACAUCAAGCCACCCACAUGAACUGUGCAAUCACAUCAUAUCAAAAUAAGAGUCAAUUAUUUAUAUUUCUUAUAUUUUUUCCCAUAAUGUGGGAAUUAAAGUGAUACAGUGGGUAGUCAGUAUUACCUUUGACCAUCAAAAAUUGAAUUGGUAUAGCAGGAAUCUUAUUUCUAGAUGUAUCAAGAUGAAAUAUAAACAUUGUGAGAAUAAGGAGCUAUAUAAUUACAUUUUUAUACAAGGAAUAUCCUUGCAUUCUGAUUUUCACUUUAUCAAUCAUUAUUUAUGAUGUAUUUUGUAUUUUUUGUCAUAUCUUAAUUCAUUCUUUGUCGCUUUUGUAUUGGCAGCAUCUCACGGUGGUUACCCGUACAGAUUAUGUAUCCCUGA